UCCGCCCCAAUGCGCUCUCUGGCAACUGCAGCGGCCCCGUCCGAUCGCUGCCUCGGGCCAGCCACCCGCUAUGGUGAGGCUACGCAGGAAGUGGCUGGCGCUGGUGGUCUUCGUGGUCUUCGUCGUGGGGGUCAUGAUGGGGCUCGGGGCCGUGUCGCGACGGCCCGACGACGACGACGACGGGGCCGGCGGCGGCGGCGGCUCCUUGUGGGAGUUCAUGCCGCGACCCCGAGCCGUUGGCGGAGGCGACCCCCUCGCCGCUCCCGCUCGGCCGGCUCCCGCGUCGCCUCUGCCGGCGGGGCCGCCGGGCGAGACCGAGGCUUCCGACGGCGACCAGGCCGCAUCUACGGGACUCGUCAAGGGGGACGGCGCGAAUGGGAGCAGCAACAACAACAACGAUAACAACAACGACAACGACGGAGGAGGAGGAGACGUGAAUUACGACGUGCACAUCUUCUACUACGCCUGGUUCGGCAACCCGCGCUUCAACGGUCGCUACGUGCACUGGAACCACGCGCUGCUGCGCCACUGGGACGCGAAGGUAGCGGCCGCCUGGCCCACGGGGGCCCACGAGCCGCCGGGAGACGUCGCCGCCUCCUUCUACCCCGAGCUGGGCCCCUACUCGUCCCGCGACCCCGCCGCCGUGCACGGACACAUGCGGCAGCUGCGACACGCCGCUGCUGGUGUCCUCGUGCUCUCGUGGUACCCCCCCGGCAGGAAGGACGACAACGGCGACCCCGUGGACGACCUCGUGCCCAUGCUGCUGGACGCGGCUCACCGCCACGCGCUCAAGGUGACGUUUCACAUCGAGCCGUACAAGAACAGGGACGAGCGAUCGGUCCGCAACGAUGUCAAGUACAUCAUCGAUAGGUACGGCAACCACCCGGCGUUCCACCGCUACCGCACGAGCUCCGGGCAGGCUCUGCCGCUGCUGUACGUCUACGACUCGUACCUGACGGCGCCCGACGCCUGGGCCGAGAUCCUCACCCCGGGGGGCGCGCAGAGCGUGAGGGGCACAGAGUACGACGCCGUCUUCCUGGCACUGGUGGUGGAGCAGCGCCACCUGGGCGAGAUCGCCCGCGCCGGCUUCGACGGCCUCUACACAUACUUCGCCACCAACGGCUUCUCGUUCGGCUCGUCGCACCACAACUGGCGCUCGCUCAAGGCGUUCUGCGACGCCAACGGCCUCCUCUUCGUGCCCAGCGUGGGGCCCGGCUACGCCGACGCCAGCGUGCGGCCCUGGAACCAGCAGAACGCUCGCGGGCGCGUCCACGGCAGGUAUUACGAGGCCGCGUUCCGCGCCGCCCUGCUCACGCGCCCGGAGAUCAUCUCCAUCACCUCCUUCAACGAGUGGCACGAGGGCACACAGAUCGAGACGGCCAUCCCCCGCAAGGGGAGGGGCCGCGACGGGGGGGCGGGGGCCGGGGGGGGCGCCCCCUACCUCGACUACCUGCCGGGGCCCCCCGACAUGUACCUGUCGCUCACCAGGAAGUGGGCCAUGAGGCUGAGGAAGGAGAAGCAGCAGUGGCUCAUGUGA